GCGCCGCUUCCGGCGCACGUGGGGCCCGCGGACACAUGGCCGUGGUGAGCGGGACCGGGAUCGGGACACCGGGAGCUGUGCUGGGGGACCUCCUGACCCCCGGGUUCCCCGGCUGGGCUCCUCCUGCACCCCGGUCCCUUUAGGGUGUUUCUCCCCUCCGCAGGAUCCACGCCGCGUUCCCCCGUAGCGGCUCCUUCUCCCCCCCGCGGAGCAUGUCGCCGGACGAGGACGUGCAGCGGCUCCUGAUCCAGUUCCGGGACGAGGCGGGGGAGUCCCUGGGCUCCCCCUUCGACGUGCCGGUCACCAUCACCCCGGACAAGCUGCAGCUGGUCUGCAACGCGCUCCUGCAGAAGGAUGAACCGGUGCCUCUCGCCUUCUUCGUCCACGAUGCCGAGAUCGUGGUGUCGCUGGAGAAGACCCUGGCGGGGCAGAGCGUGGAGACGGAGAAGGUCCUGGACAUCAUCUACCAGCCGCAGGCGGUGUUCAGGGUGCGGGCCGUGACCCGCUGCACCAGCUCCCUGGAGGGACACACCGAGGCCGUCAUCUCGGUGGCCUUCAGCCCCACGGGAAAGUACCUGGCGAGCGGCUCCGGAGACACCACCGUGCGCUUCUGGGACCUCAGCACGGAGACACCGCAGUUCACGGCCAAAGGUCACCGGCACUGGGUGCUCAGCAUUGCCUGGUCACCCGAUGGCAAGAAGCUGGCCUCGGGCUGCAAGAACAGCCAGAUAUUUCUCUGGGACCCGGCCACCGGCAAUCAGAUCGGCCGGGUGCUCGCUGGCCACUCCAAAUGGAUCACAUGUCUGUGCUGGGAGCCGCUCCACAUAAACCCAGAGUGCCGCUACCUGGCGAGCGCCUCCAAGGACGGCAGCAUCCGCAUCUGGGACACACUGAUGGGCAGGUGUGACAAAAUCCUCACGAGCCACACGCAGUCGGUGACGUGUGUGAAGUGGGGGGGUGACGGCUUGAUCUACUCCUCCUCCCAGGACAGGACCAUCAAAGUCUGGAGGAGCCAGGACGGCGUCCUCUGCCGCACCCUGCAGGGCCACGCUCACUGGGUGAACACCAUGGCCCUGAGCACCGACUACGUCCUCCGCACCGGUGCCUUCGAACCUGCCGAGGCCACCAUCAACCCGCAGGAUCUGAGCGGCUCCUUGGCAGAACUGAAGGACAAGGCACAGCAGAGGUAUGACCAAGUCAGGGGCCAGGAACCAGAAAGGCUUGUCUCGGGAUCGGAUGAUUUCACGCUGUUUCUUUGGAGGCCAGCAGAAGACAAGAAGCCACUAGAGAGAAUGACGGGCCACCAGGCAUUAAUUAACCAAGUCCUCUUCUCGCCAGACACCCGGAUAAUUGCCAGCGCUUCCUUUGACAAGUCCAUAAAGCUCUGGGAUGGCAGGACAGGGAAGUACGUGACGUCGCUGAGGGGACACGUCUCGGCUGUGUAUCAGAUCGCCUGGUCAGCCGACAGCCGCUUGCUGGUGAGCGGCAGCAGUGACAGCACGCUGAAGGUCUGGGAUGCCAAGACGAAGAAACUGGCCGUUGAUCUGCCCGGCCAUGCAGACGAGGUGUACGCAACAGAUUGGAGCCCCGACGGACAGCGGGUGGCAAGUGGAGGGAAGGAUAAGUGUUUGCGGAUAUGGCGCCGAUAGGAGCAGCGACACGAAGCUGCUGGUCCCGUCCGAAGCUGCCUGUCCUCAUCACAACCUGCCCGGGAGAUCUGCGAGGUGAUGGGCGACGGAGGCCGACCGGAGCACAACUCCCUGUUCCUCUUGGCUGCUCUCCCUCAUGGACUCUUUCCUUAUAUUUAUUUAAGGAAAUUUUAAUUCUAGUUCUUAUUAAGAGCUGUGCUUUGCAGGAUGGUUUCCUCUGAACAUUACAGGAGGGUUAUCUCAUCUGCCUCCA